AUGGCAAAAUCAUUACGUGCGAAAACCAAAAUGGCGGGGAGAAGAAAGAAGAGAAAUGACUCACAUUAUGCCGUCGUGGAAGCCGCUAGGACAGCUAGGGUGUCGGAGAAGUUAUUGGGAAAAUCUCAAAAUUCCGAGGAGGAAGUUCCGGCUGCAGAAGAGGAGAUCACAGCUGAUAGUACAGAUGAGAGGAUGGCAGAAGAACCCAAGAAGAUAUCCACAGCCGGACCGAGGAUGAGCAGAAGAGAAUCUUGGAGAUUGAGUAAAGGGAUGAGCGCUCGGCCAAAAAAUCAAGGAGGACAGAAUAAAGCUGGGUAUAAACAUGCUGCUAAGGGAGCUGGAAAGCCUGGACGGAGGAGAUGA